UAAUUUUCUCUACUAAAAAAAACUGCAUUGGAAAUAAGCCCUUUUGAAAAGACACUCCUCACAUGCGGUGGUAUUGGAACGUCAAUAUUAUUAGUGUGUGCCACUUGGUAUGCUGCGGAGCGAAGGCUGUUUGUGGACGCGCAUGCGCCCCAAAUAUCCUAAACACAGGGGUCGUCAACUAUAACGUCGAUAUUGACUUUUUUUAAAUUUCGCUACUUUUCAUAACUCUUUAUAAAUAAAAUAUAGCUUAGAUAAUAUAAGAUACGGGCUUAAUAUUAUUAAAAAAUAUAUUGUAAUUGGUAGAUUAAUACAAAUAUGUUAAUCGAUUCUUGAACAGUUAAAAUAACUGACCUAUUUUAUGACCUCGUAAAUCAUACAUAAAUACAUACAUAUAAUCACGCCUGUAUGCGGUAGGCAGAGCACAUGAACUAGGUACUAAGUUUCAAUGCGACUCUUGGCAAAAAAGACAUUGCAGUGACAGGUUGCUAGCCUCUCGCCUACGCCACAAUUUAACCCAUAUCCCACAGUCGACUUCUACGACACCAACGGGAAGAAAGGGGGUAGUGACAUUGUUAACCCGUCACCACACGGGGGAAUCAAAAUAAUUAGAAAUAUAUUUAUACACAACUUCGGUCAGUUUAUAAGGCUCUGCAAAUUGGCACCUAAAUUAAAUUUGUCAAUAAUUUAUUAGACUUUCAGUGCUCGUUUUUAUUAGACACUAUAAAUUAAUAGCUAGUAAAGUACCUACCUACCUACGAAUUCGAUCCUUAUAAAAUACCUAGAGCAGAGCGUUUGAAAUUGAACCUUAAAUAAGUAUGUAGUUGCUGUUGUGUUGCUAAGUCUAUUAUUAUAUUAAACACACUCCUCACUAGACAAUUACACUACCUAAUUACUCAUUAAUUAACAUCUCAACUAUGUAAAACUCAACCCAUAAUCAACAUAAUGCAUCCCAUUGUCUAAACUGUUGUUAACCCCUGUCCCUCUUUCUGUUACUGUAAACAAACAACCAACAGGACAAUUAAAAUCACGUCCACUUGCAUCAUCCGCCACUUACUCGCCUCUGGACUACCGUUCGCCUUCAGACCACCACCAACUUCCAACAAUGCUAUCCGAAGUUUUCCUCUCCUGCCUUGUAGCCCUUCGGCUAAGUUCGGCAGAGCCGACCGCCGGCGGAAUCGACCGAACCAUGAGCGAUGGAGUGACCAGUCUUGGCUACAAUGUGUUGUAUGGUGAUGAAGACUUUACGAUACUGAAUACUGUUGUGGAUGAGGUCGAGAAGAAGGCACAGAAAGCGAAGAUUAGACUGAAUGAGCUGAUUCAGCCGCUGCCGGUGAGGGAUGUGAAAUGCUUGAUGUCAGCCGAUCAUUAUUGCUCUAAGGAUAUGAAAGAGACGAAAGGUAUCAUAAUCCAAGCCAUAAAAGACGACUGUGCGUCCUGUUCGACGACGCAGAAGGAGUCGGCCGGGAAAGUGAUCGCCGCCAUGAUGGCCCACGACCCCUCCUCCUGGAAGCUCUUCCUCACCAGGGUUGCGCUCCUGCUAAAGGAGCAAUAUAUACCCAAAAGGACUCUCCCCGAACAAGACAACCAAGAAUACCUGAUCGUAAGGGAAGAGGAGGUGGUAAACGCCCGCUCCAACCGGGUCCUUAAGCCCGGAGCCAAGGUGAGGGUCAGGAGGUACCUCAUGGAACCCGUAAAAAGUGAUGGAUCGAAUUAGACUAGGCUUAUUUAUAAAUGUAAAUAUUAUUAAAUUAAAGGAAAAACUCAUACCUCCGGCAGGAUUCGAACCUGCGCCUGCGACCUUCUGCAAUGCCGAUGCCGGUGCAGCCGCUAUGACCAGUUUAGCUCUCAAUGGUUCUAAGGUUGCAGGUUUCAGUCCUAUUAGAUGUGUGAAUUUUUCCAUUUUUCCUUCAAAUCAAAAUAUGUAUGUAGUGAUGAUAAAAAUAGGAUUAUAAUUGUAAAUUGUGCCAUUUUAAGUAAUAUUUAUAACUGAUGUUUCGCAUAAAAUAUAGGUUUUUGAAACUGUUUGGACACAUUUGGAUAAUCGUCGUUAUGGAUGGCAUGCCACUUAUGUACCUAAAUGAUAUACCUACGAUUUUAAGCAUCUGUUCUAUAGCUGGAAUUAAAAGUGGCCCGAGAACCCUGAAAUAAUGCCUCAUUAGAUUGUUUAGGUUCAUAUAUGUUUCUUGAGUUCAAUUUUAUUGAGUUUACGAGCCUAUCUGACUUGUCUGGACUCUGGAGAGGUGGUCAAAGUAGUUUACAAAUUAUUCAAAAAGUAUAAAUUUGAUGAAUGGAAUGAUGAAGAGUCAAAUAGGCCCCGCGUAAAAUUAAUGUUGUAAUAAAGACGGAAUAUAAGAAUAUUA